AUGUUUGGAUUCGCUAUUCUUGUGAGUACCGUCGCCGCUAUAAUGGCCUCUGGAGUCCCUAGUGGUUGGUGUGAGGAAGACCAUAAUGUCUUUGUUGUAGAGGACUGUUACGAUAAUCUCAUCUCGUGUGAUUUACUACCAAGUGAUGGUAUUAAGAUGGUUGACUAUGAUAUGACGAUGAAAGGUUAUUGGGAUUUCCUCAUAUCUGCUCAAAAUCUGAGCACUGGUGAUUACUCGGUAUUCCGGACUACUACUACCCUCAAUGGUGUUCCUACGGGGGAGGUGAUGAUCAAUGCUAAGGCCGACUCAAUCGCUGCUGCUUCUACUGAUUACAAACACGAUAGCUAUGCCCCGAUGUAUAUUUGGGCUAUUGUUGACAACGAGAUCAGACUCUAUGGCACUCCCGAGACCAGUGAUAUUGGUUUAGGUGAGUACAAGGUUUUGGAGCCUGCGAGUAGUGAACAUACUUGGACAUCAGUUAGUUGGAAUCAGAAUGAUGAUCAUCCUUACUUGUACGCUGUUGAUAGCAAGAACAAUCAGGUCUAUGAAUGGGAUCCGAUAUCGGAUGGUGUUGAAACUUCGCCGAAAAAACUUGUCGCUGGUAAUGCUGAUGGUAAGGCGAUUGAUGAUGAUAUGCAUUUGUAUCAUCCCCAAAGUGUGAGAUCUAUGCAAGGUUAUCUCUACAUCUCUCAACUUGUCACUGGUGAGGAGUAUCGUAUUGUGAAGUGGGAGCCUUCAAGUCCUACGAGAGUAUUCAAGUUCAACUUCACCAUUAAUGGACGUUUUGGUUUCGAUGUCGUUCACUGGUUGUAUGAUGUUUACCCUGACAGUAUCAUCUAUCGAUAUGGUGAUGCCGCUGUUUAUGUCCAUUGUGUCAACACCCCCGAUGGAGAAGCCACAUUACUUGCAGGAGGCUGCGGCGCCGGUCACGGUAUUGACCAGUUUGUUAAUGCUGACGAUGGAUGCCUCCGAUUUAGUUUCAAUUGGGGUACCACAAUUUGGGAUUAUAAUGCGAAUCCCGAGAGGUUCGUCGUAUGGCCUUUCCCGGCUUCCUUUACUUGUCCCACUACUACUACUCCUGCUGCUACUACAACUACUACUCCUGCUACUACUACAACUACUACUCCUGCUACUACUACAACCACUACUCCUGCUACUACUACAGCUUGUGAGCCGGUCGACUGUAUCAUCGGUGAUGAGCAGUGUGGCUCAUACAUACCCGGUUAUAACCACUACCACAAGUGGAUCGAUGACGAGUACCUCAGCUGCACCUUCAACAACUCCGUUUAG